UAGCAUCUAUGACUGUGCCAGUGUACAUCGCAGAAGUUGCCCCACCGCACCUAAGAGGCAGAUUAGUCACCAUUAACACUCUAUUCAUCACUGGAGGGCAGUUUUUUGCAAGUGUCGUGGAUGGACUCUUCAGCUACCUCGCGAAGGAUGGGUGGAGGUACAUGCUGGGCCUGUCGGCUAUUCCAGCGGUUAUACAGUUUCUUGGAUUCCUGUUUCUUCCUGAAAGUCCCCGCUGGCUCAUUCAGAAAGGCCAGACUCAGAGAGCACGGAGAAUUCUGUCUCAAAUGCGUGGCAACCAGGCAAUCGAUGAGGAGUACGACAGUAUCAAAAACAACAUUGAAGAAGAAGAAAAAGAAGUCGGAGCAGCUGGACCUGUGAUCUGCAGAAUGCUAACAUACCCUCCAACUCGAAGAGCCUUAAUUGUGGGUUGUGGUCUGCAGAUGUUUCAACAACUGUCAGGGAUUAACACCGUCAUGUACUACAGUGCUACCAUUCUGCAGAUGUCAGGAGUGGAAGAUGACAGGCUUGCAAUCUGGCUGGCUGCACUGACAGCAUUUAUAAACUUCAUUUUUACUCUUGUGGGAGUCUGGCUUGUUGAAAGAAUGGGUCGCCGGAAACUUACACUUGGUAGCUUAACAGGUACUGCUGUAGCACUCAUUAUCCUAGCUUCGGGAUUUUUGCUAUCAGCUCAGGUCUCGCCAAGAAUCACACUUAAUCCACCAGAUCCUUCACAUCAAAACUCUACCUGCACAAAAUACAGUUAUUGUAAUGGAUGUAUGUUAGAUCCAGACUGUGGUCUCUGCUACAAAUUGAAUAAAUCAAGCGUUGUUGAGUCCUCAUGCAUUCCUGUUGAUAAAGAUUCUACAAUGAAAGCAGCUUGGGGCAGGUGUUCAAAUGAAACAGUGUUCAAAAAGGAAGAUUUGUUUUGGGCAUAUAAUUUCUGCCCCACUCCAUACUCUUGGACAGCACUUCUGGGCCUUAUUUUGUACUUGAUUUUCUUUGCACCUGGGAUGGGUCCUAUGCCCUGGACUGUCAAUUCUGAAAUUUAUCCACUUUGGGCUAGAAGUACAGGAAAUGCAUGUUCUUCUGGAGUCAACUGGGUUUUCAAUGUGCUCGUGUCACUGACGUUUCUGCAUACAGCUGAAUAUCUGACAUACUAUGGAGCCUUCUUCCUCUACGCAGGGUUUGCUGCCUUGGGACUAAUCUUCAUCUAUGGCUGCCUUCCUGAGACUAAAGGGAAAAAACUAGAGGAAAUUGAGUCUUUGUUUGAAAACAGGCUAUGUACAUGUGGCAGUGCUGCGGCUUUUUAGCAGCAGAAGACCGUCUCUCUCUGCCAGCUUUGUUUCAUGGACGUUUUCAGAAGUGGCGCUCAGUUACACAGCACUGGGCUCACUUUCUCACUCAAGUUUGAUCUUACUGAAAACAGUUUUCUGCAGGUUUGUAUCCCAUGCCCUUUUUCAUGAGGCAUAACAAUUGAAACGUGCAAAAUACAUUGACUUCUUCAUUGUCUUUCCCCCUUUCGUGCCCGCAGAGAGCUGGGUUUAAGUCUUCCUUUUAGGGUUGCUUUACACCAAGACAGCAUUCCAUACUUCAGAAACACUGAGCCUAGUACCAAGCAUCAUGUGUAAUAAAAGUGAAAUCAGACACUUCUAAUUAGUCUUACACAGUUAGGGUUUUAUUUUUAGAAUCUGUGAACAUUUACAGUUUAUUAAGAAAAUUAGAUAAAUGUUUCUAUUUUGCAGAUUUUUUAUAUUUAUGCAUAUUUUAAGUUUUAAGAGAUUUUUGCUAAAGGUAGACUUAGUAACAUUCCAGAUAAAAGAAUAAAAAUACAAUUUAACUGAAUAAUUUCUUAUUAUAAGAUUUUAAUUUAUGAAGUAGCAUAAAUAAUAUGUCUAAGCACAAAAUUCUUUUAUUGAAAACUUUCUGCAGAAGAUGUGAAAUUGUUUCUUCAUAAGGACUGCACACAAUUCAGGUAUUCAGGUGCAUCAGGAGUGCUGGAAUAAUACUGCUGGUAGAGUUGGGCAUAUUGAUUAUACACAACGAUUUGAGAUAUUUUAAUUCUGAUUAAUCUACCAACUCUACGUGUGAGCUAACAACAAGUAUAAAAGAAACAGGUCCUGAUGCAUUUUUAAUAUUUUUAAAUUUAAGUCACAUAUAGUAGUUAGUUCAUCACAUUGAAAUUAAAAAUUGGGGUGGGGGGGGUGAGGUAAUUUGCCACUUGUUUCUUCCCCUUGGCACUUCAUUGAUCAAAAUAAUCUUUUAACAAGAGAACCAAACCUGUUUUGGAAAUAGAUGUAGAGUCAGAGCAAGGCCCAGGACUUGUUUGGAGGGCUGAAGUUGCGUUGCUGUGCAGGCACCUUGGAUAGGUCGCUCUCGUAGGCGUUGCUACCUUGUGAGUUGCAGUGACAACCCUGGCGGAAAUUGUCCCAGAAAUCCUGGGAAAAGAAAGAGUACAUACGAGGACCAUUGUUCCAAUGCCAACUGGUUUCUGCAUGAAUUGAUAAAUGCAACAUUUCACUCAUGUAGGAGUUAGGGUUGGGAGGGGAGAAGAAAGAAAUGAUGCAUGAAAAGCCCCACGAAGUCUUAUUUCAGUAGAUGGGUGUGACGUAGCCAACAGGAGCAGUCAUUUGUCCUGAUUUAUCCAUGUGGGAUAAGGAUGGUGAGGCCAAGGGACUGUGCUUGGUCCUGUGGAUAGGAUUGGUCAGGCUGUCAGGCUAAGGGGGAAGAAGUUCACAAGUUUUCCUCUCACAUACCUACAUGGAGGUGAGGACAUGGCAAUGGAAUUGGCAAAGCUGAUACUUUUUUCCUUGGUGAAAUCUCCUCUGCCUCUUUAGUCACUCAGGCUGAGCACUGGGGAGAAGUUUUGAACUUCAGAGGCUGCUACAGGCCCUGAGCAAGGGUAUUCCCUUAGGCCAUGGGGGUAUUUGCUGCAGUCCCACAGACAGUGAGUGGGCUAAUAAAAGAUAGACCCUGCACUUCUCAGCUUUAUACCCAGCUUUCUACUUCUCAACAUCAGUGCUCUUCUAACAUGGUCUUCUUGAAAUUUUGCUUGUACUUGCAGAAGAGGCUUUGUUAGCUGAACAUCACUACUGCAAAGAGGCAGAGUUUUCACAGGAUAGAGAGAUCUCGGAGUAGAAAUCCAGGUAGAAGAGACAGUUUUUCAGAGCACUUUAAAGAGUAAGAUAUGUGUGCACUUUUUUCUGAGAGAGUCAAGCUAACCAAACCCAUUCCUCUGCAUUGGGAAGAAAAUCAAGCUUUGUGUACCAGGCCAGAAGCAGAUAAUGCCACAAUAUGUGCUUUAUGGCAAAAUGUGUUUUUAUUGCGGGUAACAUUUACAGCUUACAUGUAGCUGCUGCCUAUAAAGUGACUCAGUUGUUCUCUGGAUUUUAACAAGUCAUAUUUUUGUGCAAAAAUCUUAGUGGUUUUCUAUCGAUCUUCAUCACCUUGUGUACAGCACAGUUAAGCAUAAUCCACAAGUGGUCUAGAUUGUGGCAGUGUUGCAAAUGUCAGCACAGUAAAACUCUAGGUGAACAUUGUUAAAGAAAUAUUGUUGUUUGUGAUACUGGGGUUUAAAACUCCUCAAAGGCAACUAUAUAUAGAUUUUAAAAGUCUGAAAAAAAAUGGCAGUUCUUAUCUAUUUUGUGUAUGUUUUCAUAUAGAGAAGGAGUUUUUUAUGUGCCAAUAACCAUCACUGUAGUGUUUUGUAAAUGGGUGUUAAUAGUGUUGCAGAGUUCUGUAUAUGAGAAUAUACUUUAGCCACAAUGACCUGUUAGUGUGAACCAGCGGCAUGUUUUUAAUCUUACUCACACCUCUCAUCAGAGGUGCUCAUUCAUUGGCUUUAGUAGAGCUCACUCAUGCCAGGGGAAGUUUGACGAGCGUCAGGCCUCAAGAAUACAGACUUCAUCUAAAUCCCCACUUUUUCACAUUGUCCCUAGACAGUAUGUUACAUGUGAAUGAUCUGGCACAUGUAAUUUUAAAGUUUCAACUCUGGUUCAGUUACAUUCCUUGAUUUUGUUGAGAAACAUUUUGUCAAAAUUUGGUUUGACCUUUCAUUGCAUUUGUAUAAAUAAGGAGCGUGCUGAUUAAGUAUGAAUAUUAGCCACCUAUUUCUAAAGGAACCAUCUGUUUCUGAAGUGUUAAAAUAAAGGCAAAUUUCUCUUGCUGCCUUAAACAUUGCACAGACUUUUGGGAGGACUGAAUGUAUGACCAUCAUCGUGACUUCUGCAGGAGAAACUUCAUGGAUCCCCAGCAGGUUUGAAACGAGAUGGUUUCAUGGUGCUGAGAUGCUGCGUUACACUGCAGGCCCUGCCUCGUGCACUCCUGCCAUCUGUUUGAGUAGUCCCCAUGGAACUGAUAGGAUUAUUCACAUGCUUGAUAUUCUCCAUGUGCUCAGUGUCCUGCUGGUCCGGGACAUCGCUGGGAAGUGGCACGAGUCAUGUCCCUGCUUUCCGUUGUGAAUCUCACUCCUCUACAGAAUGGUUAACCGGAUCUUUUAGUGACAAAUGCCAUGUAGAAUAUUUGAGACAUUAUUGGAGACUAAACUGAUAGUAGUAAUUCCAUGCUGAAUAAUAACAUGCACAUGGUGCCAUCAGGCACACUGUAAUCCCUGGGCACGUGUUACGGUAUUCAGUACAAAACAGGUUUUGGCAAAACUAAUUGCUGAGUUGUCCAAGUCAUUUCUUAACCAUGUCAAACAUGUGCCAUUUCCAUUUCCAACCAGUCAAGCCUAUAAUGUAUGAAAGUGUUGUACAUUUUCUGAAACUUAAGUGAUGUAAAAUUAUUUAAUUGACUUCUGUUCUGAUUGCUUUAAUGAAAAUAAAUAUCUUCAAAGAAUUGUCAGUGCCAGAAGUGUAAAUGAACAAAAUAAAAGGUGAGAUACUUAAUUACA